ACGCGAUUUUGUGUGAAUUAAUGUCAGCGAGCGAAAGAUUCUGGAAUAAAUUUAUAAUUUCCAAAGUUUCCUCACAUAAAAUAAACUCGAAAUGUUUUCGCAACAACCAAUUUUAGUCUUGAGCCAAAACACAAAACGUGAUUCCGGCCGGAAAGUUCAGCUUGAAAAUAUUAACGCUGGAAAGACGAUAGCCGACGUUAUUCGAACAUGCCUCGGCCCUCAGGCUAUGUUAAAAAUGUUGAUGGAUCCCAUGGGUGGUAUCGUGAUGACUAAUGAUGGAAACGCUAUACUCCGCGAGAUCACUGUACAGCACCCAGCGGCCAAAUCCAUGAUAGAAAUCGCCAGAACACAGGAUGAAGAGGUUGGCGAUGGCACCACAUCUGUUAUAGUUCUUGCUGGCGAGAUGUUAGCAGUUGCUGAACCUUUCUUAGCUCAGAACAUUCACCCCACAGUAAUUAUCCGUGAAUAUAGACAGGCCCUGGAGGAUGCUGUCAAGCUAUUAGAAGAAAAAAUAUCUACUUCAAUUGAUCUGAAUGAUAGAGAAAAGGUCAAAGAAGUGAUUCGCUCAUGUGUCGGUACUAAAUAUGUGGGCCGCUGGGCAGAUCUUGCAGUAGAUAUUGCACUGGACGCAGUCCAAACUGUUACAGUCAAUGAAAAUGGCAGAGUUGAAGUUGACAUCAAAAACUAUGCCAAAGUGGAGAAGAUCCCUGGUGGGACAGUGGAGGAAUCCAAGGUGUUAAAUGGAGUGAUGGUCAACAAAGAUGUGACACAUCCCAAAAUGAGGCGCUACAUUGAGAAUCCACGUAUAGUCUUACUGGACUGCCCACUCGAAUACAAGAAAGGCGAGAGCCAGACUAACAUUGAGAUCUUGGGUGAACAGGAUUUCACUAAGCUUCUUCAGCUGGAAGAAGAACAUGUACAACGUCAGUGCGACGAUAUCAUUGCCUUGAAGCCUGAUCUGGUGUUCACAGAGAAGGGAGUCUCUGAUCUCGCUCAACAUUAUCUUGUGAAGGCUGGCAUUACUGCCAUACGAAGACUUCGCAAAACAGACAACAAUCGCAUAGCUCGUGCUUGUGGUGCCACAAUUGUGAACAGAACAGAGGAACUGAAGGAAUCAGACGUUGGUACUGGUGCCGGCAAGUUUGAGGUUCGCAAGAUCGGAGACGAAUACUUCACCUUCCUCACAGAAUGCAAGAACCCAAAGGCUUGCACUAUUCUAUUGCGCGGUGCAUCAAAGGACGUGUUGAACGAGAUCGAAAGAAAUCUGCAAGACGCCCUCCAUGUAGCUAAGAAUUUGGUACUAUGCCCCCGAUUAGUAGCUGGCGGCGGUAGCGUAGAGAUGGCGGUGUCGCAUGCACUCGCCUCUCGAUCCGCACAUCUGUCGCCGUAUCGUGCUGUAGCUACGGCUUUAGAGAUAAUCCCCAGAACUUUGGCCCAGAACUGCGGCGCUAACACCAUUCGUACAUUAACCGCGUUACGGGCCAAACACGCCGCUUCUACUGGAAACUGCACCUUCGGCAUCGAUGGCGACACCGGCGAGAUUAGAGAUAUGGCUGCUGCGGGGAUAUGGGAACCGCUGGCUGUUAAAUUACAGGUUUACAAAACGGCCGUCGAAACAGCAAUCCUUCUACUCCGGAUCGACGAUAUCGUGACAGGCUCCAAGAAGAGGGGUGGCAAUGAACCAGCUGCGCCUGCUGAGGCUGCCAUGCAAGAAUAAACCUUAACACCUUUACAAUAAACGUCACAUUCGGAUAAAAGGACGACAUUAUACUAUCGUGACGUCAGAACGCUUUUGUGAGCUUAUAUCUAAGAGAUCUUAACAUAGAUCUCGCUAUCUUAUUGCAUUACUGUAAUCAGUAAUGUCACUAUUUUUUAACUCAAGAGUCAUCAAAAGCAAUAUUCAAUUACAAAACCAAAAGAUACAGCUCAAUUUUGAUGUCAUGGAUUGUCAUCGUUACAAAUGCUGAAAUGUUGUCCAUAACAUUGUAUUGAUUGUACAAGAGAGCCUUUUAAUGAAAAUCGCUAGAUAUUAUUUAGGAGUUCUAAUAAAAUUGUACUUUAAAUUGUUUUGGGCAUUAUUACGUAAAUACAGCUUGC